CGGGCGUAAAUAUAGCCAAUCUUUUUAUCAAGGAUCGGAUAUAGAGUAUGAGUUUCCUUGUUCUCCUUGUUUUAAAGAAGGAAAGUAUUUGGCUGCUUUCAAACAUUGUGUGGAAUGCGAUGAAAAUCUGUGUCAAAAAUGUUUAGGUGAUCACAAUAAGUUUUCUGUAAUGAGAGGACAUCAGUUACUAGACACGGUAAAACAACCAAGCGGGAAAAAGCAGGAAUUACCAAGUAAAAGAUGUGAAAGACACGGAGGAAAAUUGAUAAACGUCUACUGUCCUGGUCAUGAUAAGGUUUGCUGCUCAACGUGCAUGGUUGUUGAACACAGUGGCUGUACAGGAAUAAGUUUUAUACCAGACAUAGCGUGUAAAACCGAAACCUCCAAGAAACUUAAACGUCUCGAAGCCAAUAUAAGCACUCUACAGUCCCGUUUUCACGUCUUAAAACAGAACAGGCAGAAAGAACUAGAAAAUGCGAAGACAGAAAAAAGUCAAUUGAUUAAAGAAAUAAAAUCAGAAAGAAAGAAAAUCAACGACCAUGUGGACAAGAUGGAACAGGAACUUCUUCAAGAAGUAGAUGCCACCUUUCAGACCAAACUUCAACAUAUAGAGUCGAAUAUGAAACAAGUUGAUGAGAGGAUCGCUUCACUUCAAGAAAGUCUGAAGAAGAUAAAUGCUGCUAAACAGGAAAACGAAUCUGAGAAAUAUCUACGGAUCAAACGCGUCAACGAGGAGGAGAAAGUUGCACGCAAUAGUUUAGAAGACUUGGAGAAGUCAAGAAAAUCAGGCGCAAUACGGUUUGAGCCAUAUAGACAAGCGACUUAUUCGGAAUGCAACACAAUUGGAAAUAUACUUCACUUUCCAAUGAUUGAAGUAGACAAAUGUGCUGAAUUUAAUGCGCGACUAAAGGAUGACAAACAGUCAUGCAAUAUUUUAGGCAUGUGUAUGCUUGAAGACGGAUGCAUGAUCAUGACAGAUUACAAGAAUAAAUGUGUUAAGAAAAUGAAUAAUUCCUUCCAGAUCAUAUCUUCGCUGAAUGUCACUGACAAUCCUGUUGGUAUUUGUCAGAUAGACGCAUCACUGGUGGCCGUUACUCUGAUUAAUGAUAAGACAGUUCAGUUUAUCUCACAGAAAGAACCUAUGGAGUUACAGCAGUCAUUCAAGGUCGGCGAUAGAUGUCGGGGUAUUGCAUACAAUAACGGGAUGAUUUAUGUUUGCUGCGCCGGAUCAAAGAAUAGAAAAGAUGAAGGUGUUGGUCACAUGGAGGUAUAUACAGUGUUUGGGGAAUUGGUUUUAUCUCAUUAUGAUGAGAUUGAAUGGCCAUUAAAUAUAACGAUUUCAAAAACAACAAUGGAGGUUUUCGUGAUCGAUGUGUAUAAAGGUAUCUUAAACAUCAAUAGAAACCGAAGGAUGAGUCCCAUAAUUGUAGAUAACAAAUUAUUCUCGGAUCCUCGUUAUAUUUGUAAGAUAAACAAUAGCCAGUAUUGUGUUGGUUUCUAUCAGUCAGACAAAUUUCUUAUGAUGUCACAUGAUGGAAAGGAUCAGGUAGAACUCUCAAUAAGAGAAAAUAGUUUAGGUCCUACCUGUUUAUGUUUUGAUAACACAACUUUAAGACUUGUAGUUUCCUGUUGGGAAAGUGACAAAAUCAUGGUUUAUACUUUAAAGAUAAGUGACUGAUUUGUCAUUAACAAAGUACCGCUACCGGAAUAAGGAAGGUGAAUCGCUGAAAACGAAGAAGUGGCGAAAUACAGUUUUUAUAAUGCAUUAUAUAAAUAUACCUAUAUGUCAGUAUCUAAUUAAAUGCAUAUUGUUUUUUAAUGAUGAUGUGUUGUAUCUAUUUGUUGAUUAUAUUACUUUCAAAUACAUGCACAUAGUAUAAAAUACUAUAUUUAUUAAUAAAGGAACAUACUGACUUCAUGUACAAAAUGAACAGUUACAUAUGUACAUGCAUUUUGUUAGUUUUAAUACCAAAAUUGUAUAAAGAAAGUAGUAUGACUUGUUAUAAAACUUGUUUAGAAAAUAGACCUUUUCAAUAUCAUAGAUAUGUAUGUUUGUGAAUUUUGUUUCAAAAAAUUGCAGUUAUAGUAAUAUCUGUCCUGCUUCAAUAUAAUCAUAAGAAGAGAAUCUAAACGAUUUGUAAAUUAUUUUACACAGACAAAUAAGGAAUACAGUAUUAUUUCUAGUGUACU